AUGCCAGAUACGGCUAGCAUUAAUCAGUUACCAUUGCGUACAACAGGUAGUACGCGUUGGCCAAGAAAAUGGUCAACCAUUGGUGGACGUGGUGCGACUUCAUCAUCAACAACCAUGAUACCAACAGUCGAUUCAGAUUCAACUGAGAAUCCUGUACAAACUCAUAAUAAUAAUCAUCGUCAUUCGACAUCGUUAUUACGUAAAUCAUCAACGAUAAGUCGAACAAAUGAUAAAUCAAAUCCAUCUAAUGAAAAUCUUGAUCCAACAUUGAAAAAAUCUCGUUCAUUAAUGAAUGUUCUACGUUCAAAAUUUAAUUCACCAGCUGUACUACGUCGUUUCCGUUCGAAAUCACGUGAAAGUACAAAACAAGCCGUGACAGAAGUUGCUAAUGGACACACGCCAAAUGAACAAUCAGAAGUAAAACAAUCAAAUGACGAACAAAUAUCGACAAGAAAAUCAAGAAAACGUGACCCAUCACCUAUAAAACGUUUUACCAAUUGUAUUUCACAAUUAACCCGACAUCAAAGAGCAAAAUCAACGGACAGACCAAAACAAUCACCGUCAAAAUCAAUUAUAAAUGAUUUACAGAAUGAAAAAAGAAAAUCGCCAUCACCAUCGCCAGUUAAUAAUCAAGAUAAAGUUGAUCGUAUAAAUGCUUGUUAUGAUGAAAUUCGUGCUAAAUAUUUCACUGAUAAUGAUACAAAAAAACGCAAUGCAUUAAAUGAUGAUACAAACAAUCGUUCGUUAAGUACAAUAUCAGUAAAUGGUUCAUUACUUAGUAAUGAUUUUUUAAGCAAUACUCAACGUGUUCCUAUCCCGAUAAUAUCUGAUGAUCCAUUGCUACAAGCACGAAAACAAUCGAAUAUAAAACUAAAUUGUUUACUAAGUGGUUAUACAUUGACAAGAUCGUUUGCUAAUCAUGAAAAACUCUUUGGUCAAAAUGAUUUAUUUAAAUCGAAUCAUUUUUAUGACGUGGAAAAACGAAGAUAUGAUUGGAAUUAUACAAAUCAUAAUAAUAGAUUAUUUUCUAGUAUGCGAACAAAACCAAUUAGUAAAAGUAUUGAUAAUUUCCGACAUACACAUACUCAUGAUAAUCAAGUGUCGGCUGUAUUGGAAAAAGCUAAUAUUGUUAAUAAUAAUACAUUAGUGCAAAAAGAGAAGCAUGAAGAUGUUUCAAGAAUAUUGCCUAAUGACAAUGAACUUGUCAUUUGUGAAAACAGUGAUGAUUUAAUUGACUCAGAACAGAACAUAUUACAUCAUUCACCGAACAUUGAUGUAACAUCAACAAGUCCUAUUAAUGUUACAACAUUUAUGCCAACAUCUUCAAAUCUAUCCGAUAAGAUUAAUGAUUCGUCAAAUGAACAUCGUGCUGAAGAAAUCGAUGAAGAAUUUGAGCAAAACUUUCUACGUGCUGUUAAUCGAGCACUUGGUGUAGUUAAUAAAGAUCAAUCUAAUUUAACACAAACAGUUUAUGAUGAAACAAAUGAAAAAGAUGAGUCGCACUUGAAUCUUAUUCAAAUGACUGAACGAGCACUUUCAUCAUUAAAUACUACAACGUUAUUUAUGAAUGGAGAUCAAAGUAACGUGCUAAGUGAUAAUAGUACAGAAUCAACAAGUGUCGAAUUAGUUGCGAGUCCCAAUGAACUUUUGACUGCAAAGAACACGCUAGAAAUUGUUAAUGAAAAUGGAACAGAAACGAGUAAUGAUGAAGACAUUAUGUCGGUUAUCGAAGAUUUAUUGCGAAAAACUGAAGAUAUAUUAUUCGAAGAAACCAAGGUAAGUUCAAUAAAUGACUAA